AUGAAUAUAGCAAUCCCAUCAUCUACCAAUGCCGCCACGGCAAUUGAUGGUUUACAUGCAAGCCUGAUGUAUCUCGAUGAGACAAAACCCAGUACAACCCAUGUCUUGAACACUGAACUACAGGGCAUGGUGCGCUGGGAAGCUGUUCUUGUCUUCCGCACUGAGAUCAAACGUUACUGGGAAAGUCUGGUCGGCAUUACACGAACGCAAGAUCUACCAGGCCUUGACACUCUCUUCGAAUCCUUCCCUACUCUCGCCCACUUAUACGAGGCUGCUAUAUUUACUUUUCGCAACAUCUUGACAGGUUCAGAGCCUGAUUCUCUAGGCAACGCAUUUGCGCUUUGUAGCUUGGCUUAUAUCGCUUCGAUAUGUUCCCGGAGAAUGGGGAAGCCAGGUAUUGACAACAUAUUUCGCGACAUCAAUAUCUGGCGGGACUCAAUUGGCGACCUUCCACAUCGCCAACUAUUCAGCGACCUCAUUGAGCGGCUUUGGCCAAGCAUGUCAAUAUCCCCAUUCCAAACAGAACAAUCCUUGCAUUCAGCCUCUCAGCUUUUCAAUGGUCCGGAUUACAUAGCACCUCAGAGCGCAACCAUGCAAGGCAUCUCAUUAUUCGGCAAUUUUUCCGACCCGUUCUGGGGCGGUCUCUUCGACAUGCCACACCCCACUGUAUAUGACACCCCAGAUCUCCAGCCGUCAGCUGAAGAUUUGCGCCAAUCGGCAGUCAUGAACAUCAUGAUUAGCUUCCUCACUAAUUGCGGAGAAUUAAUGGACAUUCUCAGUGGACAUGGAGCGACCAAGAAAGGUCCGCAUUCGAAUGUUUCCGUGGAGGUCAAGAACUUCACUUGGGCAUUGCGAAGACAUGACUCCUUUGAGGACCCAUCUGCUCGUGGAAUUCUUGCCAUUGUGGAUAGAUUCGUCGAUCUGGACUAUUUUCAGAGUAUUGAUGAAAUCCGAGACUACAUAAUAAUCGUCGCAAAAGAGAUAUUGCCUAGUGGUAAAUCUUUUGCAAAAGUCUGCAAGUCAGUCUACUCAUCAACCAACAUGACAAAAGUCCUCCCGGCUAGGCGACGUCACCACACAGAACGCCCUACAGAGCGAAAGCCAUACCAUGUCGCCACUGCGGAGAACAGUUCACUAGGAAGACCAACAUGA